AUGAUGGAUUAUAUGAGAUCCAAUGGGACUUAUCAGCUAUUGUCCCCGACGGAUGAUGUUGAGUUGUCAUCACUUACAGAAGAUGUCGCAAUCGCUGACAUCACAAAAGGUAGUCCAGACGCGUUUGCGGAGUUCGCCAGUCUAAAGUGGAAUGGAAAAGAAAAGCACAUUUAUGCACCAAAUAUCGUAGCGUCCACCCGUUGGUUUAAUCAGGUAAGACACCAGAGACCCAAUAUAAUCUUUUUAGAUAAAUUUCUGGGUACAAAAGGAGAUCCUCAAAUAUUCCUGUGUCUCUAA